CAUUCAGUAUAGUUUGGACAACCACUGGAGACGGAUCGAUUGUGUAUCAGGAUAUCAGAAUACCAUGGAGAAAACCGGGCAGAAAAGUGUAGACCAGGAUGCCGAUUCUAUCCAUAAGAAGCGCGAUGCCAUCUGGCCACUGGUUCUAUUCUAUAUCCAUUUAAAUAUCCUCGGUGUAUAUGGGAUCUACGUUCUGUUCGCCAGCGCCACAUGGCCCACGAUUUUAUUCACAAGUGUCCUAACGCUCUUUGGAACCUUGGGUGUGACUGUGGGUGUUCACCGGCUGUGGGCCCACAGGACCUUCACCGCCUCAAAACCCCUGAAGGUUUUCCUCAUGCUCUGUCAGACAACCGCGGGACAGGGCUCCAUAUAUAGUGUGGUUCAGGCCCAUCGCUUGCACCACGCCAAGUUCCAGCAAAAUGAGGAUCCAUACUACAGUAAACACAGCUUCAUGUACGCCCAGGUGCGUGGGGGUCUACUGAGAUACUCUCCCCAGCAGGAGGAGUUGCUCAAAGAGAUUGACAUGUCAGAUCUGGAGAGUGACGCGAUUGUUAUGUUUCAAAAGAAAUUCUACGUUUUGCUGUACAUCUUUGUAAAUAUUCUGUUGUCGGUGAACACUCCAUUCCAAUAUUUCGGCGAUUCCCUAAGUGCAUCCAUGUUCGUGGGAUUCUGGCUGCGCAGUCUGAUUGUCAUUAACCUGGGAAACCUGGUCAACUCGUCGCAUUUCAUUUGGAGCCUUCACAAGGGCUUCAAGCCGGCGGACUCCAACAGCAUUUUCCUGAUCACAAAAAGCUACUGGCCGCAGUUCCAUUAUCUCCUGCCCAGGGACUAUCAAAGCGGGGAGUUCGGCAGCUAUGCCACUGGAAUCGGAUCGGCCAUGAUUCGGGUUUUCGCCGCUCUCGAUUGGGCCAAGGAUCUGAAGACCUAUGGAUCCGUGGCCGUGCGACAAGGUCUCACGAAGGCGGUGGAGACCGGUCGGCCCAUUGUCGAGUGCAUCGAGGAGGAAGUGGGUCUCGAGGAGAAUGCUCUGCCAGCCAACCACUUCCUCAACCGGGAGAAGUUUAUGUGAACGGAUUGCAUCAUCCGGGCUAACAAAAUGAUGAGACAAAUGGUCGUCGCAGUCGUAAAAAUAAAAUUUACCGCCAACCGAGAGGACUGCGGAAGGGGGAGAGCAAACACUGAACCUAAUUAUUGGUCAGCAUAAAAACAUGGUAAACAUAGGUGCAGUUUCGUGGGCAUGAAAUGGAACUGGAAUUGGAAGUAUUCAGGCGCGGAGGCGGCCGUCUGGCAGCAGGUGGGCGUGGCUGGGCGGAUGCACUUGUUGCCCAAGAGUUAACCGACAAGUUCACAAAUCAUAGUUCAAUCUAAUUAUAUAUUCGUCUCCUUAUCCACUCCAAAGAAAAUUAGAUGAAAAAAUAA